AGUCGAGCAAUCGCUCUGCGAUAUCGAUGCUCGAGGAGAAGACAUUGCUUUUUCAAAACGCAGACUCAAGAGAUGCAUAGCAUUUACUUAGUGCCGACUGAUAUUAGUUGUAAGCCAACUCACCACCUGAGUAGUCUACCAGCCGACGGCUAGGUUCCAUCUGCUGGGAUAUAACAACCGGGUUGGAGUCAUGAUGGGUGUCGUGGGCCUGGUAGCAGUCCAGGCACUUCCACUCAAACGUGACGUCCUGUUUUUUUAAUAGCCUGUACUGUCAUUGUACAUCCCUUGUCAUUGCCACACCUGAAUUAUUAAACAAUUUGCGAUGAAACCAAUUUCGACACACGUCACAGAUGAGUCCCUCCUGCUUCAUGGAAACGUUGUCGUCACAUCUCUUACACAUAUUUGGAAUCAUCUUGAACUCUUGCGUAGUUUUUGUGGAGUUAAUAUACCGUUAGUCGUUCUCGUUUCAGUAUAAAACUGUAAUGAAAACGACUUCGGCUAAUGAGUAUUUACGUUUGUAAGGUGUCAGGCCGGCGAUAAUGAGGCUUUGAACUCGGCGCGUAAUCUAGGCGCGCGGCUUCAUUAUCACCGAUCUGGCACCUUAUCUAAUCUCCGUGCAUGGAUAUCACUUCUCUCAGGCCAUCAUGAAGAAUGUGCGUCACAAUAAUUUGGCUCGCCUAUACAACAAGGACGCUGGAACAAGAGACCUGAUCAAGCAUGUCAUGGCGCUGUGCUAUAUACCACCUAUGUUUAUUACGUCCAAAUUCAAAUCACUGAAAGAAAAGAUGCAAACUCAAGAACUUUGCCGAAUAUUUUCAAAACACGAGCUAUACAACAGUGUCUGGACUCCCAAUGAUUGGUCAGUAUUCGACGUAGAAAUAAGAACCAACAAUCAUCUGGAAGGUUGGCACCGCCAUUCACCGAACUUCAGAGCCCGUGUUCGGGAUUUUUUUGGAUCGAGGUCGUUUCUUCGAUUCAGACUUUUGCCACCGGAUGAAGUCGACCCGAUCGUUUCAACAGUCCAUUCGAUGACAUCAACGAUUUGCGUUGAUUAAUUGGAGUGAAUGUCAAAUAUCUUUUUAGUAGCCUACGUUUAUUAACCUUUCUUCUCUUGAUUUUUCAAUAUAUUUAUUAGGAGCAAUAAAAAUGACUGAACUCCGUUGCCAGACGGUAAUUGUCUGCUCCAACAAGUGCACGUUCUACAUCUUUAUAUUGAGCUUUUGUGUGAGCAAUUAGCCACAUGAUAAAAUGAUCAUUGUUGGUAUAUAUACAAUACAUGGUGCCGAUUUAGUAUGUCUGUAUGUGAUAUACCUACAUGGUUCUACUUGAACUUCCAAGUGUUACAUCAUUGCUGACUUAUUUCUAAUUGGUUACGGUUAAGUGUUAAAGUAAUAAAUGAGAAAAUCGAA